AUGUGGGAAAAGUCACAGAAAGCAGAUGAUAUGUUAUUGAAGAGGAGCUUAGAAUGGUUGACCGAAGGAGAGUUAGUGCAUAUUGAAAAUAUUCAGAAGAAGUUUUCAGGUAGUAAGAAAGUGAAAGGUUUGCAGGUUUGGAUUUCUCACUGUUUUAUGAGAGUUUGUGCAUUUGUUACAACGGGUUCAGAGUCGUAUAAAGACCAUGUUUGAAAGUAUUUGACCGAUUUAAAUUGCAGAUUGAAAAGAUCCAGCAAGGUGAAUCAAAGUCUUCUGUUGCACCGACGGCUUCCUGAUAGUCCGAACUAGCUCUGACACUAGCUAGGCUCAUGAGGUUAAGAAGGCUCUUACUUCAUGCAGAAGGCGUUCAACUUUCUGGAUCUUCUGAUUAAGGUCUUCCGUGAGUUUGAGUGCUUCUUUCUCAACCAAUUUUGGUUGCUCGGCUAUUCUUUGAACUAGAUCGAGAACUUGACUUUUAGUGAGGGGUUGAUAUUGAUGUACUUCAAACGAGAUUUGCUGUAGGCUUUUUCUGGUUUCACUCUGGGUUUUUCUUAUCAAUUCCUCACAGGUUUCUAAACGAAGUUGUAAUUCCU